AUGUCGCCUUUAGUAAAAUUAUUUGUUAUAGUUCUUCUUCUGAGGCCAGCGCUUUUCCAAGGAUCUGAGUUCCCACAGCUCAAAUAUCUGAGCAGAAUUGUUCGUAAUAUAAUCAAUGAGCAAAGAACGCAAACAAUUGUGAUUUUCAAACACCAUCUAAACAACAAUUGCUCUCUUCAGCACUGGAAUCCCAAUGGAAUAGCCAUUAUACGAACUAACGAUCUCGAAAUGGUCAGGAUAAAAGGUACUUUUAAUAGCCGCGCGUUGGCCAUUAUCUGCAUUGGAAAAUAUUCACACAUUGAUCUGUUAGAUAAAGUUGCUGAAGCCUUUGAGAACAUGAGACAACGGAGAAUAAUAUUGUGGACGCAAAUAAAGCCUACGAAGGAGUUUCUCAAACAGAUCUCCAAGAAAUCCACAGAAUUCAAUUUUUUAAAUAUUGUUGUGCUGAAAGACAGCCCAAAAGGAGAAUUAUCAUGUCAUCGUCUAAAUCCUUUUCCAAAUGCCCAUUUUGAUCGAGUUGAAAAUAUUUGGAAUUUCAAUGGAUCAUUUUUCAAGGAUUCACAGUUCAAUUUUCAAGGAAAGACUGCUACUAUAAAGCACGAUUAUAACUGGAGUCUAAAAACGGGAGAACAACACAAAAACUUACUAAAGUUUCCUAUUACCCGAAUCGAAGAUUGGGAUGUCAUUGGGUUUGCACUCAAAUACAAUCUGACUCUGCAGUUCUUAGAGGAAACCUUAUCAGGCAAUGAUCACUUUGAUAUUCAGUUAAGAAAACGUAUCAUGACCAAAAAUGAUAUUUCCGAGCUAACGGACUAUGUGAACCCAUUCUGCUCCUCGUCAAUAGUGGUUGUCGUUCCCUGCGGCAAUUAUAUGAGUUUUCAGGAUGUUCUCCAGCAAUCUGGUAUCCAAAAAUGGAUUUCGUACAUUAUAACUGUCUAUGUAAUUUGCGUGCUGAUAGAGGUCUUUGUUGUUAAGGUAACUCUACGGAUUUCUGGAAAAGCACACCGCCUAACAAUCCCUAACCCACUGGUCAACCUAUACGCUUUUAGAGCUAUUUUGGGCCUCCCAUUCCCGGAACCCCGAAGGUCAAGUCUUUCGCUACGUCAACUCUUUUGGGCCAUUAUCAUUUUCGGAAUGGUGUUUAGCAGCUUUAUAAACUGCAAAUUAAGUGCCAUUCUUACGAAGCCGUUUUAUCGACCCCAAGUGACUAACUUUGAGGAGCUGCGGGAGAGUGGGCUAGUUAUACUCAUGGAUGAACUAACAAACGAUUUUAUUGGUACCGAGCUCAAUACCGAGUUUUAUAGGCGCUAUAUGUUGAGAAAAAAGAUUUUGCCAUUUUUAGAGCGAAUAAAGUUAUUAUAUUUGUUUAAUGGCAAUUACGCCACAAUCAUGUUUUCCGACAACUGGCAAUCUUUUGACGCCCAUCAGCGAUCCAGAGGAGUGCAAGCUUACUGCUCCUCGAAGGAAUUAAUAGUAGCUGAGAAUUGGCCCAGAAUGCCUAUUCUGGUAAAUAAUUCCUUAUAUCACAGACCGUUAAGCAGAUUCUUAACGACUAUGCAGGAGUCUGGAAUUUACCAGCACUGGGCUAAGAAGAUUCCCAAAAUUCUUGAAAAGAAAGUAAAUCAAACUAUUAUUCCUAAUAUCAGAGGUCAAAAAAGGGCUCUUUCCAUUGAACAGUUUCAGUGGCUAUGGUAUUUACUCGUUAUGGGCUAUAGCACCUCUUUAGUAGUAUUUCUUGGAGAGGUAUUUAUUAAAAAGUGGAUAAAACCUAUAGGGAAUCGAGACUCUAAUGUGUAA